AUGGUUGCUUCGACGCGACACUGGCUGGACAAGGUCUACCUCGUUUACUUCCUCAUUUAUAUACCAGUCCUUUUCUGCGUCGACCUCGUGCCGCUAUACCCCCAAUCCCUCUGGGUCCCAGCAAACUCACCCCUGCACGUCCUUUACGACCUGCGGGUCUAUUACAUCACGACCUACAACGACCAAUUCUUCGCGCCGCCCCCCGCGGCCAUCCCAAGCUUCUUCCCCCUAUUCGCCUUUCUGGAGCUGACCUUCCACCUGCCCGUGUCACUAUGGGCCGUGGGCCAGUUGCUGGGGCGAGACGGGAGGGGGCUGAGCGGUAGAGCCGAGCUGCUGCUGCUUGUGUAUGGCGUCGAGACGGCGCUGACGACGGCGACUUGCAUGUAUGAGGCCUACCUGUGGGACCCGGCCAUCGUGAGCGCGCAGCAGAAGGUUGUGCUGCUUGGGGGUCUGUACGGAGGGUAUCUGGCGGUUGCGGUUUUGCUGACGGCGGACAUGUACGCACGGCUGCUCAAGCGCGUGGACGCCGUCGAUGGAAGGAAGAAAGUGCAGUAA